GGCGUCAAAGCUUACACCAGUAUUUAAAAAGAAUCUGUCAAAAAUGAAUUAUAACGACAGCUUUUAAGAAAUAAUCGUACUGUGGUACUUUUGUGUCGUUGCUGAAGUAAAGGAACUCACCCAAAACAUCUUGUCCAAUCAUAGCGCUGCUAUUGUGCAUGGGAAGUAGUCUGCGCCUUGGAGACUUUCUGGCCAGCUGAGAGGUGGUCUUUGUAUGACAGAGCUGAACAGGGGCUCUGACUCUGCAGAUCUGAGGGAACAGGGGCUGCCACAGCUGCUGGGAACAGAAGUUAAGCUUGAGCGUUGAGAGGAAACAACAGACUGCAGGAGAACCAAAAAGUAGGCGCUCGAAAGCUGCACCGGGAGAUUCCCGUGUUUCUUUCGCUGAUGCUGGGAAUUUGAUCAACUCUUAUACAUUUUCAAAACUUUUUGGUGAGAGCCAGAUGUCUCUGCCUCUAUCUCGAGACUCACUCUGAGUUUCCCAAUGGCGAAAACAAAAUAUCGUGAAACAAUGACAGAGAAGACUCCUGGAUCACUGAUGUGGCUUCCGCUCGUCCUCUCAGUGGCGCUGGCCGCAGGGCAAGACGCAAACACGGGGGCCGUAAAGGAGGACAUCCCGGAGGGCGCAUCCACCCUGGCGUUCGUCUUUGAUGUGACCGGCUCCAUGUACGACGACUUGGUCCAAGUGAUAGAGGGCGCAUCCAAGAUUUUGGAGACAUCCCUGAGCAGACCGAAGAGACCUUUGUAUAACUUUGCCCUGGUGCCCUUUCACGACCCAGAGAUUGGACCCGUUACAAUCACAACAGACCCAAAGAAGUUCCAGUAUGAGCUGAGAGAGCUGUACGUUCAGGGAGGAGGAGACUGUCCGGAGAUGAGCAUCGGUGCCAUUAAGAUUGCCUUGGAGAUCUCCUUGCCCGGAUCGUAUAUCUAUGUCUUCACUGACGCGCGCUCUAAAGAUUAUAAGCUCACCCACGAGGUCCUGCAGCUCAUUCAGCAGAAACAGUCACAGGUGGUGUUUGUGUUGACCGGAGACUGUGACGACAGGACUCACAUUGGUUACAAAGUAUACGAGGAGAUUGCCUCUACAAGCUCUGGGCAGGUCUUCCAUCUAGAUAAGAAACAGGUCAAUGAGGUUCUUAAAUGGGUGGAGGAGGCAGUGCAGUCCUCAAAGGUCCACCUGUUGUCCACUGAUCAUUUCACUGGAGUCAGCAACACGUGGCAGAUGCCCUUUGACCCCAGUCUCAAGGAAGUCACCGUGGCACUCAGUGGCCCAGCACCUGACAUUGAGAUCAAGAACCCCCAGGGGAAGCUUGUGGGGAAGAGUGAUGGCCUCACUGAGCUUUUGCACAUUCCCAACUCUGCCAAAGUUGUCAACAUCAAGGAUCCACAGCCUGGGAUGUGGUCUAUCAAGACCGCAAGUGAAGGAAGGCACUCAGUCCGUAUCUCAGGUCUCAGUACCAUCGACUUCCGAGCUGGGUUUUCCAGGAAAGCCACCAUGGACUUUAAAAAGACAUCCAGUAGGCCAGUUCAAGGUAUUCCCACCCAUAUCCUUCUGAACACCACUGGACUCUCUCCUCCUGCUCGACCUGACAGGCUGGAGCUCCUGUCUAUCUCUGGCACAGUGAUCAAAACUUUGCCAAUCCGGUACUACCCGGACCGUCAACCGUACAACCUCUGGAACAUCACAGAGUUCAUACCACCCAACGAGGCCUUCUUCCUGCGAGUGACAGGAUAUGACCGCAACGGUUUCUUGUUCCAGAGAGUCUCGAGUGUUUCCUUCUCCAAUAUUGUACCUGAUGCUCCUAAGGUGCUGAUGCCAGCCAAAACUCAUGGUUACUACCUCCAGAGAGGGAUAAUCAAAUGCCAGGUAGAGAGUUUCAUCCCUUUCACACUGCGCUUCAGCAGGGAUGGAGGACGACUUGGGGUGGACCAACUUUUCAGUGAGUCUGACAGUGCAUUAUGGGAAAUAGCCGAGGUAACUCUAAAGGACGAGGGUUACUACGAGUGCAUUGCCAUCAGCAGCGCUGGAACAGGGCGAGCUCGGACCUUUCUGGAUGUAUCAGAGCCCCCUCCAGCCGUCACAGUCCAGGGUAACGUAACUGCCUCCCCGGGCUCCCGGGCCGUCCUCACCUGCCACGUCGUUAGCACCGUCAGCUUCAACCUCACCUGGCUGAGAGGAGGCCAAGACGCCCGUCUGGACCCACGCGUGAACGUCCUCGCCAACCUUUCGCUGCAGGUGUCCGCCGUAACCCCAGAUCAUUCUGGCUGGUACGAGUGUCACGCUGUAAAUGAGGGAGGGGUGACUGCAGAGCGGCUCUACCUCACUGUACAAGAGGUGCCCAGAGUGUCAGUAGAGCCGCGCAAUCAGACCUUUACGGCAGGAAACGAUGUGCAGAUCAGCUGCUCGGCUAGCGGCUAUCCUCCACCUCGCCUGGUCUGGACCCACAACGGCAUGUUCAUCACGGCGUCCAGCAGACACAGGAUGACUCCCGGUGGCUCUCUGGUUAUAAAAAAUCUGGAGAAAAAGGAUGGAGGAGCGUAUGGCUGCCUGGCCAGCAACCCGGCUGGGACACACUCAGUGACCUCCAUCCUCACUUACAUGGAGUCUCCUGUAGUGUCUGUGGCAUUCAGCGAGAUUCUUAUUGGUGUUGGAGAAGCCACUGUGAUGGCCUGUUCAGCAUCUGGAAUCCCCCAGCCUGAGAUCUGGUGGUACAAAGGCGACGAAAAGCUCCGCCCAUCGUCCCUCUUGGAGGUGGACACAUCGGGGGGGACGCUGACCAUCAAGGAGACCCAGAAUGCCGACGCUGGAGAUUACACCUGCUUGGCUGUCAACGCUGCUGGCACCGCAUCAGGACGGAUCUCUCUGAGCGUUGGAGCUGCACCCAAGUUCACCGUAGAGCCGUCGGAUGUGGCUGUGGACAUCGGCUUCAACGUGACCCUGCCCUGUUAUGCCCGAGGUUACCCUGAACCAGAGAUCGCCUGGCGGAGAGAGGACGGCUCGCCACUUUUCAACAGGCCUCGCACACAUGGCACUAUCUCACAGAGCAAAGGGCGUCUACAGAUCACCAACCUAUGGGUGGGGGAUGAGGGGGUUUAUAUUUGUGAGGCCCAGAAUCAGUUUGGCAAGAUCCAAACCCAGGCCAGCGUCGCUGUGACUGGAUUAGUCUCACCCGUCAUCGCGAUGAGUCCGGCUGUGCUGAGCGUGAUCGAGGACCAGCCGAUGACUCUUCCUUGCGUGCUGCUUGGUGGGAAUCCGCUGCCCGAGAGGCAGUGGCUGCACAACUACGGCCUGGUGACCUCAGACCAGUAUGUGUCAGUGAGGAGGGAUGGCAGUCUGCAUAUCGAGAGAGUUCGGCUGGAUGAUGCCGGUGACUACACCUGCCUGGCUGAGAACGCUGUCGGGGCCGCCAACCACACCACCGCUGUCAACGUUUACGUGAUUCCCACCAUUCAGCAUGGCCCUCAGGUAUUCAGCACAAUCGAAGGAACGCCCAUCUCCCUCCCCUGCCGUGCCGCUGGAGUACCGGCUCCUGAUAUCACCUGGACAAAGGGUGGGGAGCUAGUGAACUUGGGUGGUUCGGCCUUCUCGUUGAAUCCUGACGGCAGCCUCCUUAUUACUUCCCCUUCUGGAAAUGAGACCGGAGAGUUCAUCUGUACUGCUGCUAAUGCUGCUGGCCAUGCUUCCAGGAAGGUCCAGCUCACGGUCUAUGUCCGACCGAGGUCCAAAGCUGGCGAUGACGGACACUCAGCAGGUCUGACGAAGAUGUCGGUGAUCGAGGGCGAGGAUGCUGUUUUGCCAUGUGAUGUCCACAGUGUCCCGCCUCCCAUCAUCAGUUGGGCCAAAGAGAGGCAACUAAUCUCUCCGUACUCUCCCAGACAUGCAAAGCUUCCCUCUGGGUCUAUGAAGAUCUUAGAGACCAGGCUGUCAGACAGUGGACUCUAUGUGUGUGUUGCUUCCAAUAUUGCUGGAAACUUAACGCAAUCCAUUGAGCUGAGCAUUCUGGUGCCCCCGAGUAUUCAUGCUGGCCCCCGGGUAAUGAAGGUGCAGGUGGGUCACCCUGUGGAGCUGCCAUGUGUGGUGAAGGGAUUCCCAAAGCCCGUGCUAAUCUGGACCAAGGAUGGUAGAAGAUACCCGGUGUCACCUGAUGGCAGUCUGGCCUUGACCAAUGUGGGACUGGAUGAUGAAGGAACCUACACUUGCGCAGCGACCAACACUGCAGGCAGAGAUGAGGCUCGAGUUCAGCUUGUAGUUCAAGUGCCCCCCGUUGUUGAAGUACUGGAGCCCCCCUUCAACAGUCCUCUGCAGGAGAGGGUUGCUAAUCAGCGUAUCGCCUUCCCCUGCCCUGCCAAAGGUCUUCCCAAACCAGUGAUUCGCUGGUUGCGUAAUGGCCAGGAGCUGACAGGUAAUGAGCCUGGCGUGUCCAUCCUAGAGGACGGUACGCUGCUGAUUCUGGCCUCUGUUUCACCGAUGGAUAAUGGAGAGUACGUCUGCACCGCUGCCAACGACGCUGGAUCCACUGAGAGGAAGUACCAGCUCAAAGUCAACGUACCCCCAGAUUUCCGUGACAGAGAAACAUCCGGCAACCUGUCAGUGGUCCUGAGCCAGCCCACCAGCUUGGUGUGUGACGUCACAGGAACUCCAACGCCUGUCGUCACCUGGUACAAGGAUGGAGCUCCUGUAGUUGCAAGUAGCGACAUUCAGAUUGCUGAUAUGGGAAAAACUCUGAGACUGCUGAAGGCAGAAACAGCAGACGCAGGCAGCUACAGCUGUGAAGCCAUCAACGUCGCAGGAAACGCCGAAAGAAGCUUUUUUUUGGAUGUGCUUGUCCCACCAACAAUUAUAGGUUCGGGCUCUCCUCAAGAUGUUUCAGCAAUUAUCAAACAAGCUGUCUCUCUUGAGUGCGAGGUGCAGGGAAUCCCUUUUCCUGCUAUCCAGUGGUCCAAGGACAGGAAGCCAGUGUUUCUCGGUGAUCCCAAUCUGGAGGUCACAAACAGGGGUCAGGUUCUGAGAAUAAAAAGUGCCCGUCUUGGAGAUCAGGCCCGCUACCAGUGUAGUGCCACGAAUACAGCUGGGAAACAGUCCAAGGACUUUAACCUUAGUGUCUAUGUGCCCCCCUCCAUCAAAGGAGGUAAUGUCACCACAGAGGUGACGGCACUGCUGGAUACUGCGGUAACUCUGGAGUGUGAGGCACGUGGGGUGCCGCUUCCCUCCAUAACCUGGCACCGAAAAGGAGAGAUCGUCCUGUCCAGCCGUCAGGCUCAACAUGUAGAGCGAGGCCGCUACUUGAAGAUCGUUCGUGCACAGGCCUCUGAUGCUGGACAGUACACGUGUAAGGUGACCAGCGUGGCGGGGAGCGCUGAGAAAAGCUACACGCUGGACGUCUACUUGCCUCCCACAGUCACAGGCGGGGAUAAAGGGCCCAUCAAAAGGAAAGUGGUUCUCAGUAAAUCUCUGAUCCUGGAGUGUGAGGCUGGAGGGCACCCUCCACCUUCUCUUACGUGGCUGAAGGAUGGAGUCCCUGUACGCGAUGGGGCAAGUGUCCGUGUGCUCGAGCAGGGAAAGAAACUAGAAAUCCCCUCGGCCGCCGUCUCAGACUCGGGACACUACAUCUGCGUGGCUACGAGCAUCGCCGGGGAGAAGGAGGUCAAAUAUGAUGUCAGAGUUUUAGUUCCUCCUUUCAUCGAUGGAUCUGAUAAUGUGACGGUCACCACAGUUAUACUUAACACACCUUUGGAGCUCGAGUGUCACACCGCGGGAACACCUACGCCUGUAAUCACGUGGCAUAAGGACGGAAAGCUAUUGCGACAGGGUGAAGGAUUAUGGAUCGCAGCCGGUGGGCGACGCCUAGUCAUCUCUCGCGCUCAGGUCUCUGACACAGCUCUGUUUCAGUGUGUGGCCACCAAUGAGGCAGGAAACCAUAAUAAGGACUUCAGUGUGGUUGUCCAAGUUCCUCCAUCCAUCCGUACCAAUGGACCUACUGAACGUUCAGUGAUUCUCCACAAGCCCGUGAGUCUAGACUGUGUCUCCAGUGGAAUUCCUCCUCCAACCAUUACCUGGCUUAAAAAUGGACGACCAGUCGACGCAACUAGUGAGCACCUGCAGCUGGAGUCAGCAGGCAGGACACUAAAGAUUACAGAGGCAAGACUGGAGCAUUCUGGGAAAUUCACUUGCCUGGCCACUAACGCAGCUGGUGAAGCUCAGCAGCACAUAAGACUCAGCGUCCACGAGCCUCCCAGUAUCCCGUCCUCUGGAGAGACCAUUAACCAGACCAUUCUGUCAGGCUUUUCCACUGAGCUCGAGUGCAAGGCCGCGGGCAGCCCAUUACCUGCUAUCACUUGGUACAAAGAUGGCCGACCUCUGACCAGUGCAGCUGGUGUGACGUUACGGAAGCGUGGCCAGAUGCUGGAGAUUGAACGAGCACAGCUGUCCGAUGCUGGCAUAUACAGAUGUGUCGCUGUGAACCUGGCUGGAGCUGCUGAGAUAUCUCACAGACUUCAGGUCCUCGUGCCCCCGGUCAUCUCCAGCCGAGGCGGUACGGUAACUGUUGUAGUGAAUGAAGCCGUCAGGUUGGAGUGUGAGGCUACAGGGGUUCCUGCUCCCAGUAUCACAUGGCUCAAAGAUGGCAGCCCUGUGGCAAGUGUUUCACAUGGCAUACAGGUGUUUGCUGGUGGCAGAGUGCUGUCCCUGGAUAGCGCACAGGUUAGCGACACAGGCAGGUACACCUGUGUGGCUGUCAACGCUGGAGGAGAACAGCACAGGGACUAUGGCCUGAAGGUUUAUGUGCCACCAAACAUCAAGGGCGAGGAGGUGAAUGCUACAGUGAUGCUCGGUCAACCCGUGGAGCUGCACUGCCAGAGUGAUGCAGUCCCGCCACCCACCCUGUCCUGGCUCAAAGAUGGCCGCCCUCUCUUUAGGAAGCCUGGGCUGACUGUGUCAGCAGAUGUUAGUCUGCUUAAGAUCAGCAGGGUGCAUGUGCAGGACUCAGGCAGAUAUACCUGCGAAGCCACAAACAUUGCUGGCAAAACAGAGAAGAACUAUAACCUCAAUGUGUGGGUGUCUCCCAGUAUCCGAGGCUCUGAGGAGGCAUCUCCUCUGACGGUAGUUGAAGGCAGUCUCAUCACUCUUAUGUGUGAGUCCAGUGGCAUACCGCCUCCCAGUCUCACAUGGACGAAGGAUGGUUCUGAAGUGAAAUCUGACCAGCGGGUCAGGAUUCUGUCAGGAGGUCGUCAGCUGCAGAUCUCCAGCGCUGAGAAGACAGAUGCUGCUUCUUACACAUGCACGGCCUCCAGUGCGGCUGGCACCGUCUCCAAGGAGUACAGCCUGCAGGUUUAUGUCCGUCCUUCCAUCAGACGCACCGAAGGCGGCGCUGAUGAGGUCACUGUGAUAAAGGGAGGUGAUGUGACGCUACAGUGUGAUGCUGAAGGUGUGCCGCGACCUGCGGUCACGUGGCUGAAAGACGGACGGCCGAUCACAGGCCAGCAUGGUGCAAAGGUCCUGAACGAGGGGAGGCUAUUGCAGAUUAAAGAUGCCAAAGUGUCAGACACGGGACGCUACACGUGCAUCGCUGUUAACGUGGCGGGACAGGCUGACAGGAAGCAUGACAUCAGCGUGCACGUCCCACCAAGUAUAAUUGGGCAGGUGCAGUUUCCAGAAAAUGUGAGUGUUGUCAUGAGGAACCCAGUUGCUCUGAUCUGCGAGGCCUCCGGCAUCCCUCUUCCUACCAUCUCCUGGUUGAAGGACGGUCAGCCAAUUAAAACGACUAGUUCAGCGCGCAUCCUUUCAGGUGGCCGCAGCCUGCGUCUGAUGCAUGCUGCAGCAGAGGAUGCUGGGAGAUACACUUGCAUCGUGUCUAACAGCGCUGGGGAGGAGAGGAAGACCUUUGACCUUGACAUCCUUGUUCCCCCGAGCAUUGUGGAGGAGGGAACUAUGGUGGAUACUAAAGUGAAGGAGAAACACAACAUCACUCUCACUUGUGAAGCAUCAGGUAAUCCUGUACCUGAGAUUAAAUGGCUGAAGGAUGGACAGCUGCUGGUGCCUGACGGGCAUUACCAACUUCUGUCUCAUGGCCGUUUCCUCCAAAUCUCUGGAGCCCAAGUCGCAGACACUGGCAGGUACAGCUGCCUGGCCUCUAACAGUGCAGGAGACCGCAGUCGGCAUUACAAUCUUAAUGUCCUGGUUUCUCCCACCAUUGCUGGGUCAGGCCCUGACAUUUCUGCAGAGGAGGUUACAGUAACCCUGAGCAGCCCCACCUCACUGGUGUGUGAAGUCCAGUCUUACCCUCCUGCUCUGAUCAUGUGGCUCAAAGAUGGCACUCCGUUUGAAUCCAGUCGCAACGUCAGAGUCCUUCCAGGUGGGCGAACGCUGCAGAUUCUCAAUGCUAAACAAGAGGAUGCUGGGAGGUAUACCUGCGUGGCCACUAAUGAGGCUGGAGAGACACUGAAGCACUAUGAGGUCAAGGUUUAUGUUCCUCCACAGAUUAAUAAGAAUGACAUUCCCGGGGAAGGACUGGCCCCUAAAGAGGUCAAAAUCAAGGUUAACAGCACCCUGACUUUGGAGUGUGUUGCUCAGGCCUUUCCUACCCCCGCACUGCAGUGGUAUAAAGAUGGACAGAUCCUGCAGUCAGAUGACCACGUGUCCAUUACAGCCAACGGGCGGAUCGUUCAGAUCAAACAUGCUCAGGUGUCAGACACUGGCCGCUACACCUGUGUAGCCACUAAUAUAGCUGGAGAGGAUGAGAAGGACUUUGAUGUAAAUAUACAAGUUCCACCUAAUUUUAACAGGCCUGGUGCAGAUGGUGAUACCACGUCUUCCUCAGGCUUUGGAGUUGAUGCACGAGACGUGAUACUCAACAAUCCCAUCUCCCUGUACUGUGAGACCAACGCCGUCCCCCCUCCGACCCUCACUUGGUACAAAGACGGACAUCUGCUGACAUCGAAUGACAAAGUUCUGAUCCUGCCAGGUGGGCGAGUGCUACAGAUUCCCAGGGCCCAGAUUGAGGACUCAGGCAGGUACACAUGUGUGGCUGUCAAUGAAGCAGGAGAGGACUCCAUCCAGUAUGAUGUUAGAGUGCUGUUACCUCCGACCAUACGCGGAACAGACAGCGACCUGCCUGAUGAAGUCACAGUGCUGGUCAAUAAAACUGCCCAACUGGAGUGUCACGUGGAGGGAACCCCGGCCCCCAAAAUUAGCUGGUUUAAGCACAACCAGCCAAUCACCUCCAACAGCUUGCACAGAAUUCUGUCCAAUGGGAGAACACUUCAGAUAUUGACGGCUCAGGUAUCGGACACAGGGCGUUAUGUGUGUGCAGCUGAAAAUGUGGCUGGAAGUGCAGAAAAAACAUUUAAUCUCAAUGUUCAUGUGCCUCCCACCAUUAUCGGCCCGAGAUCUGAGAAUGUGACGGUGGUUGUGAACAACUUUGUGGCUCUCUCCUGUGAAGCUACUGGCUUCCCUCCUCCAACACUGGGCUGGCUCAAUGGCAGGGGCCCAAUUCAAGCUAACACCAAUGCACUCAUCAUGCCGGGUGGACGCACUUUACAAAUCCUGAAAGCAAAAGUGUCCGACGGAGGAAAGUACAGCUGUGUGGCCCUGAACGCAGCAGGAGAGGCUCACAAACACAUCUACCUCACUGUUUUCGUUCCUCCCAGCAUCCGAGACAAUAGCGGGGACUCUCCUGUGGUGGUGAAUGUGCUUGUUGGGAAAUCUGUAACUCUGGAGUGUGAAUCCAAUGCUGUGCCUCCUCCCGUCAUCACUUGGUAUAAGAACGGCAGAGUGGUGACAGAAUCAGCCAACCUGCGCCUUUUGGCUGAGGGACAGAUCCUCGAGAUCAAAGGUUCAGAGGUGUCUGAUACAGGACAGUACGUUUGCAUGGCCACCAAUGUUGCCGGGCAAGUGGACAAGCACUUCCACUUGAACAUCUAUGUACCUCCCAGUAUCGAUGGCCCAGCAGAGGAGACAGUUGUGGAAACCAUCAGUAAUCCGGUCACCUUUAACUGUGACGCGAGUGGAAUCCCUCCACCCACGCUCACUUGGCUGAAAAACGGGCGCACCAUAGAGAACUCAGAGUCUUUGGAGAUGCACAUCUUCUCAGGGGGCAGCAAACUGCAGAUCGCACGCUCGCAGCUCUCUGACAGCGGCACUUACACAUGUGUGGCCUCCAACGUGGAGGGCAAGGCCUACAAGAGGUACCGCCUAACCAUACAAGUUCCUCCCAGUAUCUCUGGAUCAGAGCUACCCAGUGAGAUGGGAGUCCUGCUAAAUCAAACCAUUCAGUUGGUCUGUCAAGCUCAGGGAACCCCGACUCCGACCAUCCAGUGGCUGAAGGACGGGGAAGCCAUCAACAGUACGGGAAGCAAGGGGCUCAGGAUCAGUGGAAAUGGCAGCAAACUCACUGUACUACGAGCUCAGACUGCUGACGGCGGCAAGUACACCUGCGUGGCUACCAACGCUGCAGGAGAAGAGGACAGGAUAUUUAAUCUGAACGUGUAUGUGCCGCCUGUGAUCGUAGGCAACAGUGCGGCUGUUGAGGAGCUCGCAGCAGUUCUGGACAGUUCUGUGAGCAUCGAGUGCGUCGCAACAGGCUCUCCCCUGCCUCAGCUAAACUGGCUGAGGAACGGCCUGCCUCUGCCAGUCUCCUCACACAUACGUCUCCUCUCUGCUGGGCAAGUGCUUCGGGUGGCGCGCAUCCAGGUGUCUGAUGGUGGACGAUAUACCUGCGUUGCAUCAAACAGGGCAGGAGUGGACAACAAACAUUAUAACCUGCAGGUGCACGUCCCUCCCGGUCUGGAUGGAGCAGGGAGCACAGAGGAUGUGACUGUGGUCGCAGGAAACUUGGCUUCUCUGCUGUGUAUUGCUGAUGGGACCCCAACGCCCACCGUUUCCUGGCUCAAAGACGGAGCGACUCUAGUCCCCGACCGCCACGUCGUUCUCCUAAACUCGAACACCAACCUUCGUAUUAGACGGGCUCAGGUUGGCGACACGGGACGCUACACCUGCGUGGCUAACAACACUGCUGGUGAAGCGAGCCGUCACUUCAACCUGAAAGUUAUGGAUCCUCCGCGCAUCGAGGGCUCUGGUGUACCUGCAGAAGUGUCUGUGGUGGUUAAUAAUGUCCUGGAGCUCCACUGUGAGGCCACAGGUAUACCUACGCCCUCUCUGACCUGGCUCAAGGAUGGACGCCCGCUCCCACAGACAGACAGCCUCCGCCGCCUCCAGGGAGGAAAGGUGCUCCGUGUGGCCUCAGCACAGCUGGAGGACACAGGCAGAUACACCUGCUUAGCAAACAGUCCAGCGGGAGAUGAUGACAAGGACUUCCUAGUUCGAGUGCAUGUUCCUCCUAACAUUGUGGGAGAGAGUACACCUCGGGAUGUUUCAGUGCUGCAGAACAGACAGGUGACUUUAGAGUGCAAGUCUGAUGCUGUUCCACCUCCAACGCUGACCUGGCUCAAAGAUGGCCAACAACUGCAGGCCUCUGCUCGUGUGCGUGUUCUGUCUGGUGGCCGCUACUUGCAGAUCAACAUGGCAGAGCUCAGCGACAGAGCUCAGUACACCUGCGUGGCUAGUAACAUCGCUGGCCAGACCACACGCAAGUUUAACCUGACUGUCAAUGUGGCCCCAGUUAUCAAGGACGGACCCCAGUCAGUGUCGGUGCACGUCAACAAGCCAGCGGUGCUUGAAUGCGUAGUGAGUGGAGUCCCACCACCUCAGGUCACCUGGAGGAAACAUGGAGCAAUAUUGGCAGGAAACAAUCCCAGGUACUCGUUUGCAGAGGAUGGGUCUUUGCGCAUCAACUCCACUCAGGUGACAGACACCGGUCGCUACCUGUGUAUGGCAACCAAUCAGGCUGGAACUCAACGCAAGAGAGUGGAUCUGCAAGUAUAUGUGCCUCCUUCCAUCGCUGAUGGUCGCACCAAUGUCACAGUUAUAGUCAACGUUCAGACCACUCUGUCGUGUGAGGCUACAGGCAUACCCAAACCCACUGUCAGCUGGAGGAAAAAUGGCCGACUUAUAAACACAGACCAGAACCAGAACAUAUACAGAUUACUGUCAUCGGGCUCACUGGUAGUUAUAGCGCCCACAGUGGAGGACACGGCUGUGUACCAGUGCGCUGCCUCUAACGAGGCAGGUGAAGACACCAGAUCCAUCAACCUGACUGUGAACGUUCCUCCGUCAAUAGCAGAUGAACUCACAGAGUUAGUCGUGACCAGGCUGUCCCCGGUGGUCAUUCCGUGCACUGCGUCUGGCAUCCCGGAGCCCACAAUCCACUGGAGCAAAGCUGGCAUGAAGCUGCCCAUAGAGGGUCUGGGAUAUAGCAUCCUGGCAACAGGUCCGAUAGAGAUCACCUCAGCCGAGCUAGCUCAUGCUGGACGCUACUCAUGUACAGCUCAGAAUGCUGCAGGCUCCACCCACCGCCACGUGCAGCUCACAGUCCAGGAGCUUCCAGUGAUUGAGUCCCAUCCAUCAGCACUGGAUGUGAUCCUGAAUAACCCCGUAAGUCUGCCCUGCAGAGCCACAGGCUCACCCUCACCUACCAUUACCUGGCAGAAGGAGGGCAUCAACAUACCCACUACAGGUGGUAGGUCCACUAUACUCCCGAAUGGAAGUCUGCAGAUCUCCAAGGCAUCACUAUCAGACUCUGGAAUGUACAUAUGUGUGGCUCAAAACCCUGCUGGCACUGCGCUCGGCAAGACCAGACUCAGAGUGCAAGUCCCUCCAGUGAUCAGCUCAGACACUCGGGAAUAUUUGGCACCCGUGGACUCCUCCGUGACGCUGCGGUGCCAAGCUGACGGCUCCCCUCCCCCCUCGGUCACGUGGCACAAAGACGGGCGCGUGCUGAGUGAAACCGUACGCCUGAGGGUCCUCAGUUCAGGAUCUCUGCAGAUCGCCUUCAUUCAGCCGAGCGAUGCCGGGAGAUACACUUGCACUGCUGCCAAUGCAGCGGGCACUGUCAGCUUGGAAAUGAGCCUUACUGUGCAGAUUCCUCCGUUCAUUCGUGGCGGAGAGCAGGAGGUCGUGGUGGUGGAAAACAGUCAGGUCCAGCUUGUGUGUUUGGCAGAGGGCGUCCCUCAGCCAAAACUGUCCUGGGAAAAGGACGGUAGUCCUGUCAGCGAAAGCGCGGGGGAGUAUACGAUCCUGCCAUCUGGUGAGCUGGUUAUUGACAGUGCUCAGCCUGAAGAUGCAGGAAGUUACACCUGCGUUGCCACUAAUUCAGUCGGGCAGGACAGUUGGACCGUCACCCUGUUGGUUCAUACUCAUCCCAUCUUCACUGAGCUUCUUGGGGAUGUGGCCCUGAACAAAGGAGAGCGCCUCACGCUGUUCUGUGGAGUCAGUGGCAUCCCCCUACCCAGAAUCACUUGGGCCUUUAAUAACAACAUCAUCCCAGUUCACUACGAUCAAACGAACGGUCACAGUGAGCUGGUGAUCGAGAGAGUGAGCAAAGACGAUGCCGGCACCUACACCUGUGUGGCAGAAAAUGAUGUGGGAACCAUCAAGUCGCUGGCCUUGGUCUACGUCAAAGAGCCUCCGAUCAUCGAUGGGGACCUUCACUCCAACCGCAUUGAACCCCUGGGCGGGAAUGCAAUCCUGAACUGUGAGGUUCGAGGAGACCCGCUGCCAACCAUCCAGUGGAGCAAAAAUGGAAUAAACAUCCAGAUCAGCAACCGAAUCCGUCAACUGGACAACGGCUCCCUGGCCAUCUAUGGCACAGUGAGUGAAGAUGCGGGAAACUACAUGUGUGUGGCGACAAAUGACGCUGGUGUGGUGGAGAGAAGUGUCACACUUACCUUACACAGUGCACCCGCAAUCAUUGUAGAACCCGUGGAGACGGUGCUGGAUGCCGGAACCACGGCUGUGCUCAACUGUCAGGCGGAGGGUGAGCCUACGCCCACGAUAGAGUGGUCUCGCCAGGGGCGCCCCCUUCUGGGCAACAACCGCUUCUCUGCCUUAUCUAAUGGCUCCCUCAGGAUCAUCAGUGCGCAAAAGGAGGACACAGCUGAGUACGAAUGCGUGGCACGAAACCUGCUUGGAUCAGUGCUGGUCAAGGUCACUCUUACCAUACGGGUCCAUGGCGGCUUCUCGGAGUGGGCAGAGUGGGGUCCUUGCAGCGUGUCAUGUGGUGUUGGUAACCAGAAGAGGCUCAGGCAGUGUAACAACCCUUUACCUGCCAACGGAGGCCGCCACUGUGCAGGAUCAGACACAGAGACACGCAGCUGUCAGGGGAAACCCUGCCCAGUGGAUGGUAACUGGUCAGAAUGGUCUCUCUGGGAAGAGUGUUCACAUACAUGUGGUGAGGGCAACAGAACCAGGGUCCGGACCUGCAGCAGUCCUCCGCCUCAGCAUGGAGGCAGGCCGUGUGAGGGGAAGGCAGUGGACGUGGUCAUGUGCAGGGUCAGGCCAUGUCCAGUGGGAGGUAACUGGGGUUCUUGGCUACCGUGGAGCCCAUGCAGCGAGACCUGCGGUAGGGGCGUGCAGUCCAGGAUCCGUCUCUGCAACAACCCUCCUCCAGCAUUCGAUGGGUCACAGUGUGUGGGCACAGACACCCAAACACAAAUGUGCAAGGAGAAGCCUUGUCCCGUGGAUGGGAAGUGGUCGUCCUGGGUGAGCUGGGGAGCCUGCAGUGUUUCCUGUGGGGGGGGCACUAGACAGAGGACACGCCUCUGUGCCAGCCCCGCCCCUCAGCACGGCGGCAGACAGUGUGAGGGCAACGACGUGCAAAUCGACUUCUGCAACAGCGACCCCUGCCCCAUCAGUGGUAACUGGGGUCCAUGGAGCAGCUGGGGCAGCUGCAGCAAGACAUGUAACGGAGGUCAGAUGAGGCGCUACAGGACCUGUGACAACCCCAGACCCGCCUACGGUGGGAGAGCUUGUGCAGGUGCUGAUACACAGAUACAAAGAUGCAGCACCGUCAAGUGCCCCGUUGAUGGUACCUGGGGUUCAUGGCAGCCAUGGGGAGAAUGUUCUUCUUCCUGCAGAGGAGGACAGAGGACACGUGUUCGGCUCUGUGACGGUCCGUCUCCAAGUGACGGUGGUCGGCCGUGUCCAGGAGACUCUACUCAGCUGUCCAGGUGCAACACUCAGGCCUGCCCAGGUGGGCCCCUGAAGGCCCGAGGAAGCAUCAUAGGGAACAUUAAUGAUAUCGAGUUCGGCGUCUCCAUCCUCAAUGCCACCAUCACCGACAGCUUUGGCAGCAGAAUCAUCAAAGCCACAAUCUCUAAUGUACCGAGGACGUUAGGUCCUGCAAUGAGGAAGCUCAUCUCCAUCCUGAACCCCGUCUACUGGACCACUGCGCAUGAAGUAGGAGAGGCGGUCAACGGCUACACGCUAACAGGAGGUAUCUUCAGACGGGAGACGCAGGUGGAGUUUGCCACAGGCGAGAUCCUGAGGAUGACCCACAUCGUCAGGGGUCUGGACUCUGACGGCGCUUUGCUUUUGGACAUCGUUGUGAGCGGACACAUCCUGCAGCUGCCUUCACAUGCUCUCAUCGGCAUCAAGGACUACACAGAGGACUACAUCCAGACGGGACCGGGUCAGCUCUACGCUCUGUCCACUCGCAUGUUCAGCAUCGACAAGGAAAGUGUGCCCUACACCUGGAACCACACUGUCUCCUAUGACCCGUCCAAGGGGAAGAUGCCCUACCUGGUGGAAACGCUGAGGGCCGCAGCCAUCAGUGCACACUACCACCCACUGGAGGAGGUGUUGGAGUACAGCAUACAAGCUAGUAUCUCCAAAGGUGAUCGCAGUAACCAGUGUCCUCGUGGCUUCACUUUGGUGGCUGCCGGGCCUUACUGUGCAGAUGAGAAUGAAUGUGAGGUUGGGAAUCCGUGUUCACAUGCCUGCCACAACACGAUGGGCACCUACUACUGCUCCUGUCCCCGAGGCCUCGCCAUCUCAGCCGACGGGAGGACGUGUCAGGACGUCGACGAGUGUUCGCUAGGUGGGAAUGUGUGCCACGACGCAGAAGACUGCGAGAAUACCAUCGGCUCUUACAGAUGCGUCACGCGCUGUGGGCGUGGCUUCAGGAGAACAGCUGACGGCUACAGCUGUACAGAUGUGAACGAGUGCCUGGAGUCAAAUCCGUGUAAUCAACGUUGUUUGAACACCGUCGGUAGUUACCGCUGCGCCUGUGAGCCAGGAUUUCAUCUCAGGAACAGGCGCUGCAUAGAUAUCAACGAGUGCAGGCAGAGGGUUUGCCGCUCUGAUCAGCAGUGUAAAAACACUCGCGGUGGUUACAUCUGUAUUGACCUCUGCCCCAGUGGUAUGACCAAGGGUGGCAAUGGAACAUGUGCGGACGUUGACGAGUGCAGAGACGGUACCCAUCAGUGCAGAUACAACCAGAUCUGCGAGAACACCAGAGGCAGCUACCACUGCACCUGCCCCCGUGGUUACAGAUCCCAGGGAGUAGGGCGGCCCUGCGUCGAUGUAAAUGAAUGUGAGCGGCUCCCGCAGCCUUGCGCCCACCAGUGCAUCAACACUCCCGGCAGCUUCAAGUGCGCCUGCCCUCCGGGGCGCCACCUGCUGGGGGACGGCAAGUCCUGCGCUGGGCUUGAGCGGCUGCCCAGCUACGAAAGUUACUCGUACACUUACCGCACGUCUCAGUCCGCCCCCGGCGGCGGCUCCAGCCAGAUGCUCUACCACAACUUGGCCUCCCAGAGCUACCACUCCUACGCAGCCCCCGCGUGGGGGCGCUACAGGAGUCGGAGCCGCAGGGAGACGCGUGUGCAUUCCUCACAUCAGGGCGUCCUCGCUUGUCAGCAGGGCUUUGAGCCCAGGGGUCACCGCUGCUUAGACAUCAACGAGUGUGAAGUGAGGGACACCUGUCAGCACGAGUGCACGAACACACCAGGAAGCUACAGGUGUCUCUGUCCUGCUGGUUACCGCCUCAUGACCAAUGGCAAGACUUGUCAAGACACAGACGAGUGCCUGGAACAGAACAUCCAGUGUGGAGUGAAUCGAAUGUGCUUCAACACGAGAGGAAGCUACCAGUGUAUUGACACCCCCUGUCCCCCAAACUACCAGAGGGACCCGGUCACAGGGUUCUGUCUGAGAAACUGCCAGCCAAAUGACCUGGAGUGCGCACUGAGCCCGUACGCCUUGGAGUACAAGCUGCUGUCGCUUCCCUUUGGCAUCGCAGCCAACCAGGACCUCAUCAGGCUGGUGGCCUACACACAGGAUGGAGUGAUGCACCCCAGGACCUCCUUCCUGGUGGUGGACGAGGAUUUCGCGUUGCCGUUUGCUCUGCGAGAUGAGAACCUAAAGGGAGUGCUGUUCACCACGCGGCCGCUACGAGAGCCCCACACGUACCGCAUGAAGGUCCGAGCCCUGUCCUACAGUGAAGACGGAGGCAUCGAGUACCAGACGACCUUCAUCGUCUACAUCGCUGUCUCUGCCUACCCCUACUGAAAACACUUUAAAUGACCCGAGUGGCUGCGUCCUCUGAGUGCAGUGCUGCAAAAAGUGGCAUGGUGAGAGUUAGUGGAUGCGACCGCAUCAGUAAACAGACUGGAAAAAGAUUAUGGAGUGUGUGAGAGAGGCCAGCGGGUGCAUACGGCCCCGAAGGUGUAAGGAAGUAGGACGCCUGAUGUUUACAUGAGGAAACUUACCAACUAUUUAUCAGCUCUAAUCCCUGGAAACCUCCCAAACCUCUCAGUCAGUCAUCUCCUGACUCUUCAGACUUAUUUAUAAGACACGUUAGAUUCGACUCUUCCAAACCGAAACGCCACCGGUUCAGAGAGUACAACAUAUUAGCUUCUCUUUCAUUUACAUCAACCUAUUAUUAACUUCUUUGGGAAGGACUCGAACACGAAAAAUGGAAGACGGGUCCCACUUUUGCGCCAUCAGUUGCCAAAGCGGAGGCGUCACUGUUCGGGUUUGGUGCUCAGGUACUGGCGCACGAACGCCUCAGGCAGAAACUCACGUCACCAGCGCAAUGAUCCACCCAACAGCUGGUGCCAAGAUGUAUUUUUUUACGAUUUGUACAUAUGUUUUUCUCAUAAUGUAAUGCCACACUUGUAAUAAAAAUCGAAUAUGAAUAGAUAAACGCUGAUUUUACAAAUUAUAUAUGCGUGCACAGCACUGCUGCACAAAACAUCCCCGAUCUUGACGGAGGGUGCCACACGUGGACCCGAGCGCCGUACGCAAAGCUUCUGAUCACAGAUACACUCGAAGGCCAUUCAGAGAUAAGUUUUCUCCGUCUGCCGUGAAGUCUUUAGAUUCUUCGUAUCCUUAUCAGUUAAAGAAGAUUAAUGAUAAUCAUGUGCAAUAUCAAAUAAAAGUAAUUAUUACAUCCGAAUUAUUACAUUUACAAAUGUUUGAUAGUGUAAAUCAUUUUGAAGCUAUGCUGUUGUUGAUUAUACACCCACAGCUUGUUGAUAAUAGGUUGGACCUGCUUUUGCUUUCAUAACUGUCCGAAUUCUUCAAGGCACAGAUUCAGGAGUGCCCUGGAAAUCUUCCACAGAGGUUUUGGUUCAAUUUUAUUUAUAUAGCACCAAAUCACAAAAAAAGUCGCCUCAAG